AUGCCUUUCCUAGCCACAGAACACAUAGACAUCCCAAAGAAAGAUCUGUUAUCAUGGAUGUUCGAUGACCAGGCCUAUGACCCAGACAUCCCUAUCACCAAGCUCACGACCAAGAUAUACAUCGACGCUGCCAAUCCAUCCCGCACGAUAUCCUCCCGGCAAGCACGCCAAAUAACCCAACAAUUAUGCGCAGGAUUCACUUCCCUAGGCUUAAAACAAGGAGACUGCAUCUGCAUGCUUUCCUUCAACGAUAUAUACUACUCCACCGCCUUCCUCGGCAUCCUGUCCAUUGGCGGCAUCUUCGCAGGCUUAAACCCCUCCCACACCGUCUACGAACUCGUCCACGCGUUCAAAACCGCAGACGUGCAAUGUCUGCUCGUCGAACCCGAACUCCUGGCCCGAGCACUAGAAGCCGCGGAUCAGGCAGAGAUACCGCGGACCCGGGUCUUUGUAUUCGACCACCAUGCCAGUGUUGAUGCGCCGAUAACUGCUCAAGAUCAAUGGAGUGGCUUGAGGAGUUGGCGCUGGCUUCUGGGGCAGGGAGAGAGGGAUUGGAUACGCUGGGAUAACGAGAGAAGGAGUAGAGAUACGACAGCUGCGCGGUUAUUCAGCAGUGGGACAACAGGGCUUCCCAAGGCGGUGGAGAUGACGCAUUACAAUUUCGUUGCACAGCAUACUAUGGUGUUCGAAUAUAAGCCGAGGGACUAUGAAGUCAUCCGUCUCCUCUGCACCCCCAUGUUCCACGUCUCCAAUGUACCACGUGCUCACACCAGCGCGCUCCGCAGCGGCAUGAAAACAUACGUGAUGAGGCGUUUUGACCUCGAAUCAUGGCUGUGCAACAUUUCGCGUUUCGGUAUUACAGAAGCCAAUAUGGUUCCACCUAUGGUGAUAUCCAUCAUCAAUUCGCCGCUGACAAAAAAGUACUCUUUAAAGUCCAUACGGAAUUCAUGGGUCGGGGCUGCGCCGUUGGCCGCGGAGCCACAGGCGCGGUUGAAGGCGUUGUUAAGGGAGGAUGCACCAUUUAAUCAGGUCUGGGGCAUGAGUGAAACAAGCUGUAUAGCGGCCAUGGUGCAUUAUCCAGAGCACGAUGCAACGGGGUCGGUGGGGAGAUUUCUGCCAAAUCUUGAUGCGAAGUUGGUCGAUGAGGAGGGGAGGGAUAUUACUGAUUUUGAUGUGGCGGGUGAGUUGUGUGUGAGGGGCCCAUUGAUAGUGAAGGGAUAUUUCAAAAAUCCCGAGGCAAAUUGUUUGGCGUGGGACGAGGAGGGAUAUUUCCAUGCGGGUGAUGUGGCAGUGAGGAGGAGGGAGAAUGGCUUGUGGUAUAUUGUUGAUCGGAAGAAGGAACUCAUCAAGGUUCGAGGUUUCCAAGUUGCGCCUGCAGAGCUCGAGGGCGUUCUGUUAUCGCACCCGAAUAUCAGCGAUGUGGCUGUGAUUGGUGUUGCGGCUGGUUCGACGGCGGGUGAGGAGGGUGGCGAACUCCCACGAGCGUAUGUGGUUGUCAAAAGUGGAAGCCAUUUGAGCUUGGCAGAAGUACAACACUACAUGAGACAGCGACUAGCUGGGUACAAGCAGCUAACUGGAGGCAUCAAGUUUGUAGAGCUGAUACCGAAGAAUGCAUCCGGGAAAAUAUUGAAGAAGGAUUUGAAAGAAAUUGCCAAGAAAGAGAUAGCUUCCAGACUUUAG